AUGAGAGGUUUGCCAACUGAAAAAUCGUCACUGCCUUCCACUGUCUCACUCAGCGAUGAGCAACCAAAACAGACCAGAUUUAACUGGGUGAACAGGCACAAACAAUCUCUAGUCUUACUGCUUGGAUCCCUUUUGCCCUUUCAAUUCUUCGUCAAGUCUGAUCUGUCCUUCAAUGGCCUUUACCAGUCCUCGCCAUUGGCUUCGAAUGCUCUCAGAAAAUCGAGUUGUGAACAAGCGGAUGCCAUUUAUCCCAAAGUACAAAACGUGUCAUCCCUUGUGGUAGGUCAGAAAGAGAGGAUCAUUGAUUGGAUCUCUGGUGCUGUACAAGUACCUACAGAGACUUUUGACGAUUUUGGUAAAGUUGGAGAAGAUGAUAGAUGGGAUAAAUUUUACAAAUUCGAUGGAUAUCUCAAAAAGUCUUUUCCAUCAGUAUAUCAGAAUUUGAAGCAUACUCCUGUGUAUACCCAUGCACAUCUAUUUGAGUGGGAGGGUUCGGAUCCUUCGCUCAAACCUCUCCUUCUCACUGGACACACAGAUACCGUACCUGUACUACCAGCAAGUAGGCACUUGUGGAAGCAUGAUCCUUUUUCUGGAUAUUACGAUGGAGAGUUUAUCUGGGGCAGAGGCUCCAGCGAUGAUAAAUCGGGUGUCAUAGGUAUCUUAUCUGCAGUUGAGUUACUUCUGGAGUCAGGGAAAUUUAAACCUGCCCGGACAGUCAUCCUGGCUUUUGGUAAUGAUGAGGAGAUAGCUGGAAAUGGUGCUCUUCAUCUAAGUCAACUGAUUGAGGAGAAAUAUGGAAAAGACUCAAUUGCUAUACUCGUUGAUGAGGGAAACAAGGUCGAUGAAGCUUGGGGACAAGUACUUGCAGCUCCAGCUGUGGCCGAAAAGGGUUCUCAGAACAUUGAAAUCAGAGUAGAGACUCAAGGUGGUCAUAGUUCUGUUCCUCCUUCUCACACCGGUAUUGGAUAUAUAUCUCUCCUUAUCGCUGCGCUCGAAGCACAUCCUCAUGUGCCAGAGCUUAGAAUAGAUUCACCUUUGGUCAGUUACCUAACCUGUGCAGCGGAGGUGGCUCCCAAGGCGCCCAGGACUCUCAAGAAAGCUGCCAAGAGUUUGGUUGAUUCUCUCAAGUCGAAGAAAGGCAAGUAUGACAAAAAAGCUCUCAAAGUGAUCGAGGAAUGGUGGAUCACAGGUAGUUACGAGGAUGGCACAUUAAACAAAGGUCAGGGUAAAGCUAUGGUCAGUACUACUCAGGCUGUGGAUAUCAUUAAUGGUGGUCUGAAAGUCAACGCGCUCCCUGAGAGUGUAUCAGCAAUCGUCAAUCACCGAAUCAAUAUUAUUUCCUCUAUUGCCGAACUGGAAAAACGUAUCAUCGAUGUUAUCAGUCCUACAGCCAUUGAAUUUAACUUAUCCCUUGAGGCUUUUGGCAAAGAUAUCAAAACCGCCCAAGGCCCAAAAGCGGGUAAAGUCAUCUUAUCGUCUUUACACGGCAUUGACCCUGCGCCGAUCACUCCUUUCACUCUUGAGGACCCUGCUUGGAGGGUUUUCUCCGGUACGACAAAAGGUGUUUAUGCCACUCGACCCCAAGCCUAUCUCAACGAAGAAGAAGCUAAGAGAGAAAUCUUCACCGUACCGGCACUUUCAACCGGUAAUACCGAUACCAGACAGUACUGGAAUCUGACUAGUAACAUAUACCGAUUUGCUUAUCAAUCAAGUAAAAAUCCGAACAUUCACACGGUCAACGAGGCUUUAUCUGCGGAUGCUUUCGUCGAACAAGUUAGAUGGUUUUUGAGCUUCAUUGUCAACGUUGACGAAGCUACAGACUUGUAG